CUCUUUCUAUUCUCUCCAUUAUCACUACAAACAAGGGGCCAUUACAAUCCACCCAGUUAAGUUGUGGGAAAUCGUGUGAAUAUUCUACUUUUGUCCAGAUAAAAUGGGAGAUCACGAGGCGUCGGUUGGCGGAGCCGAACCAACAAAUGUAUUUGUAGACGGACGCGACACCUGUCAAGAGAAUGGAUCAUCCACUGAUUCUUCUACAGUUGGUGAACUGGGAGUCACCAGAGCCCCUACCACCGAUGCAGCUCGCACUUCUAGUCUGGCCACCCCGGUCACAGGCUCGUCCACAAGCCGCAAUUCACCUUCGGUUGCGAAAUCAACCCCUGAAGUGUCCCCCGCCAGUGCUCUUGAAGGAGGUAGAGAAACUUCAAACAAAAUCUUGUACGUUGGUAAUCUUCAUAAAUCUGUUUCUGAUGAGCAAUUGAAGGAUGUAUUCACUGCUGCUUUAACCAAGGAUUCGAAAAGUGAGUCUAAUUCCACUUCAAACACCGAUGAAGGGUCCACGGCUAACUCUACCGCUCCUCUGGAAGAACCUUCUACCACCGCCACCACCACCGCUGCAACCAUUGAACCAGACUCAAAGGAUACACAAGUAGGUGAACCUUCUGAUACCACCACCUCCAAGGAGGUCUCCGACGAUGUUGAUAACGUAAAUGGCUCGGAAGUCUCGGCUAUUCAAACUAUCAAGAUUCUUAACGAUAAAAACAAACCAGGGUUCAAUUACGCGUUCAUUGAGUUCAUCAACAAUAAGGCGGCAGAAACUGCUAUGGGAGCCUUACAAGGUGCCCUUGUUAACAACGCAGAACUCAAGAUUAACUGGGCCUUCCAGUCGCUGAACGUCAGCAACGCUGCCGGCGGCGAUGGUUCCGAACAAUCACCUCUGUACAACAUUUUCGUUGGAGAUUUGCUGCCUGAAGUGGAUGAUGAAUCACUCCAAAGAGCAUUUCUGAAGUUUGCUCUGUUGAAGCUGGCUCAUGUGAUGUGGGACAUGCAAACGUCAAGAUCCCGUGGGUAUGGGUUUGUUCUGUUUGCUCAACAACAAGACGCCGAGUUGGCUUUGCAAACCAUGAAUGGUGAAUGGGUCUGUGGAAGAGCUAUCAGAUGUAAUUGGGCCUCUCACAAGCAGAUGAAUGGUGCCAAUGGGGCCAAUAACGGAUACCGUGGUGGCAAUGGUGGCCGUGGUGGUGGUCACAAUGGCCAUCGUGGUCAGUUCAGACAAUACAAUGGUGCCCCUAUGUCCGCCGGGCAUCUUCAUGUUGGUCUAGGAGGCCCUGGAGGUCCCGGUGGUAUCAAUGGUGGAGCCACCAAUGGAGGCUCUGCUUUGGGUGGUUCCGUCGGAGGAUUUGCAGCCAAGCAACAUUAUCAAAACCAACCAUACCAACAAGGGUAUCAACCAGUACAGCAUGUCCAACAAUUCUAUCCUGUAGACCAACAACACCAGCAUCAGCAACAACAACAGCAUCAACAACACCAGCAGCAUCAGCAACAACCAAACCAACAACAACACCUUCAACAACACCAACACCAGCAGCAACCAAACCAACAACAACACCUUCAACAACAACAUCUUCCACAACAACAUCAACAUCUUCAGCAACAGCAACAACUUCCUGACCAGUCUGAUGAUUAUACAAUCAAUGGGGCCGGCGGUGCCGGUGCCAAUUCUCCAUUUGCACCAACCAAUGGAAUGCCGGUGAUGUCUCCACAAUCAUAUGAUAUUGUCUUGCGACAAACGCCUUCGUGGCAAACCACCGUGUACCUCGGGAACAUUGCUCAUUUCACCCAACAAGGAGAAUUGAUUCCUCUUUUACAAAACUUUGGGUUCAUUGUGGAUUUCAAGUUCCAUCCCGAAAGAGGAUGUGCAUUUGUCAAGUAUGACUCCCAUGAACGAGCAGCAUUAGCCAUUGUUCAAUUGGCUGGCUUCAACGUGAAUGGAAGACCAUUAAAGUGCGGGUGGGGGAAAGAUCGUCCACCAAUGGGACAGUACAAUAGCUACCGUGGGGUGCCGCCACAAAUGUAUCAACGGCAAUAAGCCCUAGGCAUAUGAGAAGACGGACAGUAGUAAAACUAUAGAUAUAUGUU